GACACAGCAUAGGUUUCGGUUCGUUUCAGUGACUGGGCGCGUAAAUGUGACGUUGUGAAACUACGUCAUUGUGCUUGAAGACAAGACAGCAGACUAGAAGAACCAAAACAAUGAAAUUAACAUGAUCUGACUGAACCGAUGUGAUCUGCUGCCCGCUCCGCCUCUACAGUAAUGCAUCAUUGUAAUUAUCAUUAAAAAUGGGAGGCAGCGGAUCCAAAACCAAAGGAGUCUGGCCUUUUAGCGGCUCGGGAGCUGGAGGAGAAGCUCCUGGUGAGGUCAGCGAACAGUGUUUAGCACGUCUACGAGGCUCCAAGAACACAACACCAUUUGUCUUUACAAGGAGAAGUUCCUUGUAUUUCGAUGAAGAUGGAGAUCUGGCUCAUGAAUUUUAUGAGGAGACGGUGGUGACCAAGAACGGCAGAAAGAAAGCUAAACUGAAGAAAAUCCAGAAAAACCUUAUACCUCAGGGAAUCAUUAAGUUGGAUCACCCUCGAAUCCACGUCGACUUCCCUGUCAUCCUGUGUGAAAUAUAAGAACGGGAAGUGGGGAGGUGUCACAAUCCCUCAAGACUUCCUUCCACCUUUAGUGUUCUUCUGAAAGGAUGCUGUGGCUCUCUGUUACGACAGCGAGGGUGUUCUGCCCUUCACAUGGCUUCGACCAAAAACAUGACUCAUAUUUUCUGAUUUGCGUAUAGACAGUAGACAUACGAUGUCUUAUCUUCUGUGAUGUACAGUAAGGAAUGCAUGUGCAGUGAGAGCGUGUAAGCAUGGAGCUUAAAGCAAUGCAGGGAUUGUACAUAAAUCACUCGUGUUUGUUGAUGUCGAUCAACUGCAGUGUGUGUGUGUUUAAUGUCAUAUUGUAUAUUAUAAUAUUCUGUUGUAUCAAAGUCUGACUCUGUUUUUUGGGUUGCAACCCACAUCUGCACUUUUUUCUCAUUUAUUGUACAGUAAAUUAUGAGUUGAUAUACUUGAAUAAAAGGGUUUAGUAGAUUACAUUGUAGUAAUUAUGUAGCUCGAUGUAAAUGUUUAUAAUAACAUGAAAUUACAGUCACAGUCCAUAAAGUGAAACAAAAUAUUAAGUGAGAAAAGACUAAAAAGGAAAUUGGAAACUGA